AUGUCGUCUUUCGAUGAUCCGGGCGACUCAUCAUCUUUUGACGGCAAUGACACCACCAACCACAAGCCCUGGCCGCACGUACUUCCCAGUCAGCAAGCGCAGGUCGAGAAGAAGUUCUUCGAGGAUGGGGCGACCAUUCAUUUCGACAGGCUGCCCCAGAUGCAGAGCUGGGCUUCCUUGCUCGGCGUUGGCAGCCCCUUCCAGACCAUCUCUAUUCUCCGAGAUGUCAUGUCGCACGCUACCGGCACUCAUCGCCGCUUGACUGCUGUUGAGGUUCAGGCCCUGAGCGAGCAUACUGCUAAGCGCGUACGCCAAUUUGCUUGGACUCAACCUGUGUCCAUUGCUGGUGCCAUCGCAGCGACUGUCAUCACCAGAAAGACCUUCAAGUUCCCCUUCUACCAACCCAAGAUGACCAGGUUCGAUCCUUACAUGUUCCCCACCAAGUAUAUGCCCUUUCUCAAGGGCGCCAGAGCUGCUGCUGUGUGGCAUAUUGUUCGCUUUGUCACUUUCCAGCCCCUGGUGUGGAUUCCCACCGCAUUGUUCUUCACCUCUACGUCCUCUUCUUCCUUCAAAGCACACGUCAUGAGAGAUCCACGUCUCUCUACCAUGGUGAACGAUAUCAGCAAGAAUCAUCCAGAUCCUCGUGAGGUAGCGCGUCAGCAGGAGCGGCGGCGACUGGGCAUCCCUGAUCCAGCCAGGAGAAACACACCACCACAGGCAGAAGGCGAUGCCACCCAAUUUCCAUCGGCUGAGCAAGCGUCGCAGCCGCAAAAUUCUUUUCCCCAAGAGUACGGCAGCGAAACCAUCUCCGAGGCGUCUACUCCAAGUGUAGACACAUAUACUCCACCACGGCAGUCGAGCUGGGUUCGAAGUGCGCCCCCACAGGCACCAUUUAGCAAACCCCAAAGGAACAACUUCCCAGACGCUAGCUCGCAGAACGCAGCUGAUGACCUGGAUUUAUUCGAUGCCGACGAUGCUUCGCCAGUGUCUGCUUCGUCCAGGAAAGCCGAUACAAGCCAAGCCCAGAGCAGCUCGGGUGGGUCGGCCUGGGACCGCGUUCGGCAACAGUCACGCCCAGAAGUGCGAAAGUGGCAGCAAGGGGACUCGUCCGGACAGGAAAAGGGGUGGGCUCAGUUGAGGCAAGACAAGACACCCAACACUAGAGAUGCCACGCCCAAGACAGAGAGCUUUGCCUACACCAAAGAGGAAGUCGAGAGAGAGACGAGGGAUUACGAAAAGGAACAGGCCCAGAAGGAGUUUGAUGCCAUGCUCGAGGCUGAGCGAAGCGGUCAACCUGGCGGUGCUGGUAGUGCUAGUGGAUGGCGCCGGUCUAAAUAG